CUAGUUUAUAAUGGUUAUCGAUCCUUUCCAAACAGAAAUGGCAGCAUGGAGGGGCUUGGUGAAGAUGGUGGUGAAGGUAUGGAGAUGUCUGAUCGGGUCACUCAGCUCAUAAAAGGAGAUCCGCCCGGCCUCAUAAUCCAGAUAGAUCCUGAAUUUAUGGCUGGUAGGCUUGUGGAGAAAUGGAAUACGUAUACAUUCAUGCACCUUAUUAUACUCAUCAUGGUUACACCUUUGCAAACACCAGGAAUCUUUAUUAUCCCCAAUAUAUGAUUUCCGGUCCAUGCUUGGAUAGCACAGUCCGACUCUCCAGCUACUUGAAUAACUCGUGUCCACCUCCCAGCAAUGCCGCCCUGAAGAAAAGCUUCUCCUGCUGAGAACUUGAUAGUACUUAAAUCUUUUGGGAGAAUCUGGACGAUUUAGUUUUACUGCUACUAAAGAUGCAGUUUUUAAAUCCAUUGAAAUCUUUAUAUCAUUAGCAGCUGUUUCCUCAUCUAGUAAAAC